UUUUCAUUUUUACAGGAGACAUGUGCCGGAGGCUUGCUGGCUGGGAGAGGGAAACUGGGCUCCAGCGCCGCUAUGGCUGCACUGGCUGUGUGACACCUUCUCAAAGCUCUUCUGCUCUGCUGUAGUUUUAAGAGACGUUUCCCAUCAGAAACCACAGCACAACCAGGCUGGAUUUGGAUAAAACCAAGUUGGCCAUUACAGGAAUGGAAUCCCUGCGGAGAAACCACACGGAUGCUGUGCCUGGCAAACUCAUGAGUUGUGGGUGAUGAGACCCGGAGCUAGGAUGUGACCAAGGGGCAGUGAAACCUCCCUCAUUCUGCUGCAGAGGCUGGAACUCCAGGACUGCCAGAUGCUUUUAGACCAGCUGAAAGAGAUCACAGGAAUUCAAGACUCCGCUUUCCUUCAUGCGGCUCUAAAGGCUGCUAAUGGAGACCUGAUGGAAGCAGUCACCUUCCUGACUGAGGAGAACGCCCAGGAGCCAGCUAGGGAUGUGGCUGCUGCAGAGCCAUCCGCUUGGGAAGGGAGCGCAGUGGGCAAACAGCUCCCACAGAAUGUUACUACUGCACUUACCUCAAACAACAAAGACGACCUCCGUGCGACUGACACCUUCAGACCACUGGAAUCACCAAAAACUCAGGCUGUAGAGAGGGAUGCUCCCGAGAGGCCACAGGAAGCACAUUCUGCUGAAAACAAAAGCCGUUCCAAAAGAAAACGCUGUGAAGUCUGGGGAGAGAACCCCAAGCACAAUGGCUGGAGAAGAGUGGGCGACUGGCCUGUUGGCAUGAAAAACAUUGGAAAUACGUGUUGGUUUAGUGCUGUCAUACAGUCUCUGUUUCAGCUGCCAGAAUUUCGGAGGCUGGUCCUUGGGUACUCUCUCCCACAGCAUGUGCUCGAAGGCUGUCACACUCGCACUGGAAAAAGAAAUGUUGCAUUCAUGCAAGAACUUCAGUGUUUGUUUGCCUUAAUGCUGGGGACCCGGCGCAAGUUUGUAGACCCUUCUGCAGCACUGGAACUCUUGAGGGGUGCGUUCAGAUCCACUGAGGAACAGCAGCAAGAUGUGAGUGAAUUUACACACAAACUACUGGACUGGCUGGAGGAUGCAUUCCAGCUCACUGUGAAUGUCAAAAGCCCCGAGGACAAGUCUGAAAACCCAAUGGUACAGCUUUUCUAUGGGACUUUCCUGACUGAGGGUGUCCAUGAGGGCAAUACCUUUUCCAAGAUUGAAACCUUCGGUCAGUAUCCCCUUCAGGUAAAUGGUUAUCGAGACUUGAAUGAGUGCUUGGAAGGAGCCAUGGUGGAGGGAGAGGUACAGGAGGCGACCGCAUCUCAGUCGGGCAAGUACAGGCAGGAGCGCUGGUUUACAAAACUCCCGCCUGUGCUGACCUUUGAGCUCUCUCGAUUCGAGUUCAAUCAGUCACUGGGACAGCCUGAGAAGAUUCACACCAAGCUAGAAUUUCCCCAGACCAUUUACAUGGACAGGUACCUCUAUUGCAGUAAAGAGCUUAUUCAGAUGAAGAGAGAAGAGAUGAAGAGAUUGAGUGAGAAACUGGUGAUUCUGCAGCAGAAACUGGAAAGGUACAUGAAGUACGGCUCCGGCCCAGCCCGCUUCCCGCUGCCCGACAUGCUCCAGUAUGUGCUGGAAUUCGUUGCCACAAAGCCAGCUGCAGCUCUUCCUCCUGCUCAGGGCUCUCAGACAACACCCCUGCAGUCCCAAGCCGAUCCUUGUGUUUUGGAUGUGCUUUCACAGCCAAACGGCAUACUAGAAAGGGGGGACAGUAGGACAGAAGAUGGAGCUUUCUCUUCACCGCAGCAAGACUCGAGUGCUCCUCUCCAGCCUUCUGGUGCAGCAGCAGCAGCGAUGUCUGAGCAUCCGGCUCCUCACGUGGUUUCCGAGGAGGAGCUGAACCUGGUUCGGACCUGUCUAGAGCGAUGGAGAACCGAGAUCGAGCAAGAUGUGCAAGAUCUGAAGGAGUCUAUUGCCAGAAUCAGCCUGUCCAUUGAACAAAUAUACUGUGACCCUCUCCUCCAGCAGGUUCCCUAUCGCUUGCACGCAGUCCUGGUACACGAAGGGCAAGCAAACGCUGGUCACUACUGGGCCUUCAUCUACGACCAGCCUCGGAAAAGCUGGCUCAAAUACAACGACAUCUCCGUGACAGAAUCCUCGUGGGAAGAGCUGGAGAGAGAUUCAUUCGGGGGCUUGAGGAAUGCCAGUGCCUACUGCCUGAUGUACAUCAGUGAGGAGGUGUCCUGCCCUGUGGCAGGUACUGGCACCAGAGAUGCUGAUGAGGAAGCUGGCCCCGAGGUUGGACAGUUUCAGAAGGAAGUCGAAGACUUGCCACUGGAGCUGAGGCACUACAUCCAGGAGGACAACUGGCGGCUUGAGCAGGAGGCCGAGGAGUGGGAGGAGGAGCAGUCCUGCAAGAUUCCCCAGAUGGAGCCUUCACUCGCUUCUGACUCACAGGACCUCUCCUCUGAAUCAGGCCCAGAUCAGCCGUCGGGCUGCGUGCGCUCCCUGUCCUCCGAGCACGCCAGGAUCGCACAGGAGCAGACGGCCAAAGCCAUCGCCAACAGCGCCGACACCUACGACAGGAACGGCGUCGAGGCGGCUCUCUGCGAGCCCAAGGAGGUAGAGCCAGUGAAGGCCCAGCCGGGAGAAACAGCCCUUACAGGUCAGGCAGAACAACUCCAGGACGCUAAGGAAGCAGAGCCUGCUGCCCACACUAGCUCACAGGUGAUGCUGAGUCCAGCCAUGCAAGGUGUCAUCCUGGCUAUUGCAAAAGCCCGCCAGACCUUUGAUCGGGAUGGGUCUGAAGCAGGGCUCGUUAAGGCGUUCCACGAGGAAUACUCCCGGCUCUACCUGCUUUCCAAGGAGACCCCGACCCCUCAGAACGAUGCCCGGUUGCAGCACGUGCUCAUUUACUUUCUGCAAAACAACGCUCCACAGCAGGUCGUGGAACGGACCCUCCUGGAGCAGUUUGCAGACAAAAACCUCAGCUAUGACGAAAGAUCCAUUAGCAUCAUGAAGGUAGCGCGAGCAAAGCUGAGAGAAAUCGGUCCUGACGAUGUCGACAUGGAGGAGUACAAGAGAUGGCACGAAGACUACAGCCUCUUCCGCAAGGUGUCCGUUUACCUGCUGACAGGGCUGGAGCUGUACCAGAACAGGAAGUACCAGGAGUCGCUCACCUACCUGGUGUACGCCUACCAGAGCAACACCAAGCUGCUGCAGAAAGGCACCAAGAGAGGAGUGAGCGAAUCCCUGAUUGCCUUGUACAGAAGGAAUUGUCUCCUGAAGCUGAACGAGGUGGCAGCAUCUAUGUUUGUAAGCUGUGAAGAAGCUCGUGUGGCAGAGGGCAUUAGCAUCCUGAACGAGCUGAUCAUCCCCUGCAUGCACCUCAUGAACAACUUUGAGAUCUCCAGAGAGGACAUGGAUGCCAUCGAGGUCAUGAGAAACCGCUGGUGCUCCUAUUUGGGUCGCGAAGACAUGGACGCAAAGCUGCAGAUGAGGCUGGGUGAAGUCCUGCCCCGGCUCCUCGACUGCCCCAGCGAGGUCAUCGUCCUGAAGGAGCCGCCGAAGAUCCGACCCAACUCCCCCUACGACCUGUGCAGCCGCUUUGCAGCCGUCAUGGAGUCCAUCCACGGCGCCUCGACCGUCACUGUGAAAUAGUCUGUGGCUGUGCGCUGCGGUGCCAGGCGCAGCAUCCUCUGCCGGCAGCACUUGAGAGGGAGCGGGAAGAGAAGGGGUGGCUCGCGUUCAGAGCUCUGCUCCUUGUACAUACGAACCAGUAAAACAAGCAGGAUUGCACUUCAGAGACAAAACGUUACCACACGAAGAGGGGUUCUUCUGCUUCCACAGCUUCCUGGACACAGAUCCCGGGGCCUGUGACAGCUGCAGAGCAAGGGUCCACUCCUCUGGUGAGUGGCCACAAGCUGCUGUUGGCCUGUCCAACACCUUUACAUCAUCCUGAGUGAUGAGCUACCACAGACAGUAAGUCCAGGUCUUGCCAAGCUCUUGCUAGCAGGAGCCAGGGCUGUGUCAUCAGGAAGCAGGGAUGGAGGGUGGCUUCCGUUCUGUCCUGUGGGCAGCUGAGUAUUCUGGUCAAGUCAAGCAGGUUUUGGGCUUUUGUGUUUUAACUGGCAGGAGAAGGUACACAGGAGUCUUCCUCAGAGAAAGCAGUGAGAGGAAGAGAUUCUCUUCUGCCUGGCUAAGGGGGAUCCAAAGGACAUCCACCCCUCAAACAUCCUUCUCCCCUCAGGUGGGGCUCAGUGCCAGAUGAGCAUUGACAACCACUGAGGGUUAGAAUGGGCUCCUUUUUUGUGGUGCUGGGCUUUUUGUGUUGAUGUUCCGUAAAACAAGUGCCCUGUUUGCGUUUCCCUCAGUGGGCGCCUGUACUCGCUUUUGGGCUGCAGUGGUUGUUGGGACCCUGUUUGUUCAGACUAUGCAGAAUUGUUCUGAAAGUGCAAUAAAAGCAUUUGUUCUAUGUUAGAAUGAAAA